UAUGACACACAAACUGUAUUCCACUUUCUUAUUCGACACUGCCAUGGCUAAAGUACACCAUUCUCUUGUACUAUGUAUGGUGAUUUUGUUUAGCUGCCCUAACAGCAAUGCAGAAAGGAUAAAUGUGAGAAGUGGAAAAGCAAAGAUUGGUCCAAUACAAGUAACAGUCACGCGACUACAAACAGGACGUUUGUGGUGUUCGAUCAGAUUUUCUGGACCAGUGGACACGCAAGGGAAAAUUUACAACCAUAGGAUCACUAUUAAUCAAGUUUCAGAUACCGAAUUGUCAUCGGAGUUCGAAGUUUACAAGUAUGAAGCCGGUGCCCUCAUACUCUGGUCAGACACGGCCUCGGAAAGGUUGGGGGUCAUUUUGGCGUUUCUAUAUAUGACAACCGACCAGGUCGAUGAGAUCAUCCCUAGUUGUGAUGUAAACAUCACUAGGUCCGAUCAUAGAGACACCACAACGUACUCAGCUUUUGUAACAAACUGUAUGGCGCCAAUUUACGAAUCUUUUAUCCCCGAUGUCACCAAAGACAAUAAAAGCGUUGCAUCACGCGAUUAUCUUGAUACUGGACGCCAGGAGACUUCGUCAGUUAAUAUGACGACCGUUAGUUUUAACAGUACUGUAAUGAGUAAUGAAAAUGUUGUUUUAAAUUCAUUAAUGUUUAGAAUUUACAGCUACCAAAACUUUCCAUUAAAAGGGUUAAUGCUUACGUAUGACCGGAAGUACUCAAUACUUUAGCACUGUGUACACUCAUGUGAACGAUAAUAUUGCAUUGAAAUAUGAAAGAUA